GCGCAUACGCGGAUUUUGACUUUCUAUCUAGCAGUAGUGACUGUCACGCGUAUUGUGUUUGAGUUUGGUUUGAAACGGCGAGGCCCGUGGUUAUCGUUGUCGGGGUCUUGAUGAAGAUGAAGCGAGUGAAGAAUGAAAUAAUUAAUGUACUUGACUCUUAUCUGAAACGACGCCGCUAUCAGGCCAACGACGUCUUCUGUAAUAACAAAAACGACCACUUGUUUUGUCAGAGCAGCGAUCAAAUGACAAUGAACGCAACCGCCGAGUGCGGCACUUCCCGCGACAAUUCGAUUAUUUUUAGUGCCAUUACCAUUGACAUUACUGCGGCGGAUCAAGCCUAUCAACGUUUGAAGAUAUGGAUGAAUGCUAUACUUAAUGAAAAGAUCAAAAUAGAGCUGCAAGGACUUUUGUAUCCAAUAUUUUGUCAUCUUUAUUUAGAAAUGCUGCACGCUGGCAAUAAAGAGGCUGCAAUUCAGUUUUUAAAAGCACAUCAAAAUGAAUUUAUCAGUGAUACUGAGAAAGAUUUUCUAGAGGAGUUAUCUGGUGUAUUUUCAGUACAAGACAUUGAACUGAGACCUUUGGUAAAUGCAUUUAGAACUAGAAAGUACAAAGUGGAUUUAUCAGAGCCAGCACAUAUCUGCCUACAGCGAUAUCUUUCCAAACAUGGACAUAUAAUAUUAAUGCAGAUUAUAAAUACGCAUGUCACGAUAAUCGGGAAGGCAGAUGGAUCUCAAAUGGAAGGAGAGGUACAUGAAGAGAAAGGUCAAAGAUACGAGGCAGGUAUUAAUGGCCAUGUAGAACAGCCAUCUGGCACUGGUGUAGAUCGUGAAAUGAGAGAAUUGCAAGAAGCUAUACGAUUAAUACGUGAUAAUGCUCAUCAACCAUUGAGGAUAUUCACAGUGAAAAAUGCUAUAGAAAACGCGAGUAGUGCUCUUAUUACUCCGAAAAUGGAUAGAUUAGCUGUAGGAUUUAGUACGGCUGAAAUACGUUUAUGGGGUAUAAGUGAAACGGUCUUACUUAAACCGAAACAUAAAAACAUACAUAUACCACUUGCCUGUGAUGUACUUUCACCUCGUAACUGCAACGAGCAAGAAAAUGCAAUAAAGAGCGAAGCAGGAGCGAUAAUAUUAAGAGGGCACACGGACGUGGUGCAUGAUUUAAGAUUUAUUCCGGAAUCGGAGAUUCUUCUGUCUGUAUCGAGUGACAAGGAUAUGAGAGCAUGGAGGCUCAAUGAUUACUCUUGCGCAACGAUAUAUAGCGGCCAUAGUUACCCAAUAUGGUGCAUGGAUACCAGUGUGUUCAAUUUGUACACCGCUACAGGUUCACAUGAUAGAACUGCCAAAUUGUGGUCAUUGGAUAGAACAUUUCCACUGAGAAUAUUUGCCGGUCAUUUUUUAGAUGUCAAUUGCGUAAAGUUUCAUCCAAACGCCCGAUAUUUAGCAACAGGUUCUGCCGACAAAACCGUAAGAUUAUGGUCCAAAGACGACGGCAAUUUAUUGCGCGUGUAUGUUGGAGCACAGUCGACCAUUUACAGUUUAGCAUUUAGUCCAGACGGCAAAUAUCUGGCUGCUGCCGGUGACGACAAGUCUAUAUCAAUAUGGGAUUUAGCAACCAAUGCAGUGCUAACCGAACUGAAAGGUCAUAAAGAUACAGUUAUGCAUGUAGACUGGAGUUUGGAUGGCCAAUACAUCGCCAGCGCAAGCAUAGAUGGAAUUGUACGACUAUGGCCUACUCAGGACUUCAUCAAUACUUUGAAUGGCGGAUCAUCAAGCUCGAUGCCACAAUCUGAGGCGCCACAAAUAUACUCGACAUGUUGCUCAAGCAUUCUUUCGUUAAAUUAUUACAAAAAAAACAAUUCGUUAAUUUGUAUCGGCACAGCAUAGGAUUUUUAUUAUUUAUUGUUUUUAUUUAGACUAAAAUAUACCUUUAAGUUCAAUCGAUCUUAAUUGUUUUACCAUUGUACAAUUUUGUCACUCACAAGCUUUUAUAUUAUUUAUGAAAGAAAAAGGCACCACACACACCAUGUCAGUGUAUCAUAUGUAAUGUUAGAUUUAUUUUCAUUGUACCUUAUUAAUUAUAUGUAAAGCCUUUUUCACGGGUUUGUAUAUGAGAGUCGUAAGUUUUCAUUUUUCCAAUCUUUCAGAAGGAAGGAAUAUAGUCUUGUGCCUGUGGCAUAUUGUUCAUGUAAUACCGUGAACAAGGCUCGAUAUAUUUGGAUUCUAUAUAUAUAUAUAAAAUCCAAUAUUUAAUUUAAAUAAUUUGAAAUAUAUAAAACGGUAUAUAGAAAAUGUUUCAAAAUUAAUGUUAAAUAUUCUCCCAGGAUUUACCCUGCUUAUUAGAACAAUGAAAGAAAUUACAUAAACAUC